CUUCUCUCUCUAUUGGUCAUUUUGUUACCAUCGGUUCAAGUAGAAACGCGUACGCGUUCUAUGUGAGAUGGACGACGAAAAAUUAAUAAAAAUUGUUCGCAAUUACGAAUUUCUAUAUAAUUUAAAACAUCCGAAAUAUAUGGAUAACGUCAAGAAAGACAUUGCGUGGAAGGAAAUUGGGGAACAACUAAAACAAUCCGCUGUUGCAUGUAAAAAAAGGUGGCAGUGCCUUCGAGAUUCAUACAGGAGGGCUUUAAACAAAAAGAAAGGUAAAACCGGUGAAGCAGCAAAAAAUAUAAAGCAAUGGAAAUAUGAAGAGGAGAUGUCAUUCGUUACACCAUUUUUCGUAGAAAGAAAAGCUCAAGAUUACGUCGACGUAAAAAGUGAUGAUGAAUUGUCAGAUAUAUUCGAGGAAAACAGUGCUUCCAUAAACAUUAAAGACAAAGAAACCAAUGUUAGUGAUACUAGAGAUACUAGAGUAGCAGACGAAGAUUCUGGAAAAUUAUAUAAACAAAAUAAAAAUACGAACAAGAAGGGAGUUAAGCGAAUAGCAUUUAGGAGGAAGCCAUUCCCUACAGCUGUGUUGAUAGCAAAAUUACUUAACAACCAAAACAAAUUGGCAUCACAGCGAGGACAUGACGAAUUAGAUAGAUUUUUCUUGAACAUCUCUGAUACUGUUAAAAAGUUUUCAACUUACGAGCAAGCUCUGGCAAAGCAAAGGAUAUUUUCUCUCGUGUCAGAAAUGGAACUAGAACAGCUCGCAUCGACAAGCUCGACUUCAUGCGUGUUUAAAACAUCACCGCAGUGGACAAUCACCAAUACAAUAGAAGCGGCGAGUCCACAAGAUCAGAAUAUAUAAAAAAAGUAGCAGAUUGUUUUAUUGUAAUACUACUCAAAGACUUGGGCCUGUCCAUUACUAAUAUCAGUUCAUCCUUGGAACGAGCGUCGAAGGCACCCUCUAGGGGUUUGGUUUUGGUUAGGUAGAGAGAAGAGCUUGGACGGUGGAGGGACAAUUUUACGUACAAACGAACAUGAUAUCCGUAGUAUAUUUUUAAAUCCUACUGUCGAGGAAGAGCCGAGGAUCCUUUGUGCAGGCUUAUUGGGUGUUAAAAGAAGCUUGAAGAUUCCUAAAGCAGUCAAAUAAAAGAAUAAUAAAUAUUUUAUUUGAAACGAGACGACAAACUAAUAAAGCCUCGAUCUAUAGAAAGGAAAUACAAAAACAGUCUAAGGAUAAUUAAGUUAAAAUUGUUAUAAUGUUCCAUAUAUUAAUAUUUCCGCUCCCACAGUAAUAAAGUAUUUUUUAUAUGGUUUAAUUAACUGGUCUUUCGAUUGAUUUAUAAGUAUUUAUACAUUAUAAGCUUUGGGUCAUACCAUUGCCUUCUCAUUUACAACUGACGUGAAUAGUCCUUUUUCAGUAAUAAUUAUUAAUUAACUGCAGUCUUGAGAGGUAAUCAUUAUACAUUUUAUUAUUUUGUUUUGCAUAAUAUUCUUACAACUCUUUUCAUGUCCUUUGUAGAGUAAAAAAGUAUGAUGAAAAAUUUACUACCU